AUGAUUUGUGAGACAUACAUCAAGGAGGCUCUCUGCAAUGAUAUAGAUCGCACCGCUUUUAGUCCGUUAACUUUUGAUUCAAAGAAUUGGCUUUUGCGCACUUGCACAAGCGAUGAUGGGACUAAACUGUACCAGGCUUUUUGUUUCUGUACCACCUACGUCCCCGAUCCAAAUCUUGUUGGACGAGGUGAGAUCCCGCAGUGGAUUACCAAUCAACAGAAGCGGCCAUCUUCGUUGGAGGAUGCUUUAGCAUGCCUCUCACCUCAGGUUCCGAAGCCCGCUGUGACCGUAAUCCCCUUGAAUUCCGGAAACCCUGCGUUGAUGUUCGAAAGCAUCGAAGUGGCAGUACAUAUGGAAGCUGCCUUUUGGCUAGAAUGGCAACUUUGCAUUGGAGACAAUUCAGGUAUUCGUCACUGGUACCAGUUCAGUUUGCCUGAGAUGUUGGACGCACUCGCCAACAGAAAUGAUUCCGAAAGCGAGUUCAACAUAUUGCAUUGUUAG